AUGUAUUGGAUACUACAAUGGAACUGCAGAGAAAUUAAAGGUAAAAUUAACGAACUCAAAACCAGAAUAGAAACAUGGGGAGACAAGAGCCCCGACAUUCUUCUCCUGCAAGAAACGAGGCAUGCUAACCUGAAGGUCGGGGGCUACAACACAUAUCUGAACAGGACGGUAACCACCAACACGAGCAAGCAGGAAAAAGAGGGGGUCGCCGUACUACUAAUCAAGGAGACACACCCUCAAAGCCAAAUUAACACGGAUUUUACUUGCAAUGAGGACGAAGAAUUGGUAGGAGCCACAACCACAAUCGGUAAAAAAACCUACUCUUUCUUCUCCUUUUACCAGAAGCCGGGGAAAGGAGAUGAACACUACAGAUGGAUUAAACGGAUACAGAACAUAACCCAGCAUAAGAGCAUUGUUGGGGGAGACUUCAAUGCAGAACACAGCGUAUGGGGAAACCAAGACAACAGAAAAGGGAUGAACCUGCUUCACCAAAUGCACGAGAACUCCUUCGAAUGCCUCAACAAAAAGACCAGAGAGAAACGAACGGCCCGGGUCACCAAUUGGGACAAGUUCAGAGAGAUCUUGAAGAAGAAGAUUCAAGUAGAAGGCCCAACAGAUAUAGAGAAACACAUAAAGAAAGCCGCACAAGAAGCCACCACGACAACAAAGGUGGACGCAGACGCCCCUAACCCGGACCACCAUUUGACAAAUCUCCAAGAAGCGAGACACAAGGCACUGCUGAAGUACAGAAGGAAGAAGACAGACACCAGCAGGAGAAUAGUCCUUAACAGAGCCACACAAGAGGUGACGGCUUACACAAGAAAACUGAGAAAGCAGACAUGGAUACAGCACUGCGAAGGGUUUAACGACCGCACCCGCGUCAAGAAGCUCUGGAACACAUAUAGAGCCAUGCUGGGGAAGAAAAAGGAAAAGAACACGGGUCGCAACCUCGCACUGAAACUAAACAUGUCGGAAGAAGAGCUGGCGCAAAAGCUCGGAGAGACCUUCUUCCCUCAACCCGACGACUGGACACCUCUUCUAAUAGAACACACGGAAGAAAGAAAAGAACAAGACGUCAAGUUCAGUAUAGAAGAGCUAAACUACGCCAUCAUGUCUAAGGCAAUCUACGGGUACAACUACGCCACACUCACUAAGACACAACAGGAGAAAAUCAAAUGCCUGAUGAGGAAAGCCCAAAGAGUCGUAACGGGCCUCCCGAACCACGCAAGGUUAGAAGAGGUCAGGAAAUGGGCGCUCCUCAACGACAUCGAGGACAUUGCCAAGGAAGGCGCUGUUUCGCAAAUAAUAAGGCUUCACGGAACAAAAGCAGGGAGGGUCAUCCUAACCAAGCUUAGAAAAAUCAACCUGCAGAUGGAGGAGCCCGAGGAACCCCUACCACCGUGGGAAACCUCUCUGCCACAAGAAGGAAAACCGCCGCCCAACGCAGGGAGGGAAACAGCAAGCACGAGGCACCAAAAUAGAAUUCAAGCGCUUAAGGACCACAACAAGGAAGUGAUAUACACUGACGCAACUGUUACAAGGGAGAACCGUGCAGCCUGUGCCUGGUAUAACAUCACCACGGAGAAAACAGGCAGAGCAAUUCUGCCUGAAAAGACAACCGUCAGAGACGCAGAGAUAGAAGCGAUAGCCAAGACAAUUAAGGACCAUCAAGGCAACACCGGAAGAAAAUAUUACAUUUUCUCGGACUCGAGGGAAGCCAUCCAGGAGUACAGGAGCCCAGCCACACCACUGAAAACGGUGCAAGAAACAAGUAAAUACAUCGAUGAAGCCAAGAAAGCUGGCACGAGCUUUACGCUUGAGUGGGUCCCAGGGCAUGCGGGGAUCCAGGGCCACGACAGGGCGGGGCUGGAAGCGAAGGCGGCGCUCAUACACCAUUAUAGCACCCUUAGUCAACUUCCCGCGGUAGACUCCAUCGAUUCCACGGACCCCUACGAUUACCCACCAGACAUCGCAAAACAACAUCUGGAGCUUGUAGAUGUCAAGGUGGAGGAAGCGAACACCCUGAAGGAGAAGUUUGAAGCAUCUCAGCUUGAGCUCGAAAGGUUUUCUGCCGAGUACUGCAUCUUGCAGGAUGUCCUUCUUCAAGACUGUGGCGAGGACUUGCCGCUAGUUCAGAAUGAUUUCGAACAACGAGAGUUCAGUGCCUUUCAGUACCUCAAGAAGCUGCUGGACAUCGCAAAACGCAAGAGAGAGGCCCUGGAAAACCAGCUUGCUAAAAAAGAGGAGCAGUUCAAUCUACUUCAGCAAAACUAUCAGUACUUAAAGGACCGGUACCAGUGGCCGUUACAAGAUCUCGGGGCAUUUGUCCGGAGCAUCAUCGUAGCUUUUGUCCGGAGCAUCAUCGAGCACACCAACCAGUCGUCAGAAGCUGCAGUGUCUCUUGAAGCAAGUCAGCUGGAAGACUUGAACCCUAUGCUGGCAGUGCUUCAGCAACGGGUCACAUCCUUGACAGUUAGGAACGAGCUCCUCGCUCAAGAAAGUCAGCAGUGGAAAUCAUCUUGUGAAGAUGCGAGUGAAAAAAUUAGAUGUGUGUCUAAUGAAAGUCACCUCUGGCAGCAGAGACACGAAAAGGUGGCGGAGACUUUGAGAGAGAGAGAGAAUGCUGUUAAGUGUCACAAUUCGUCGCAAACGGAAGCAGACGGAAGCUCCUUUACCGAGAAGGCAGAAACAGAGUGCGAGAGGUUAGACGAGAAAGUCAGCAGCCUCCUAAAACGCAACGGAAAGCUAGAAAGCGAAGCCGACAUUUUGUGGUCAGAACUUUCCUGCCUGGAGGAGCAAGCUGAGAUGCUCGUCAGCGAAAACAAACAUUUUCAACAGCUAACUGAGAACUUAAAACAGGCACGACAUUGCCUCGAGGAGGAGUUGAAGACUCAGCGCGAGCAGCACGUCAAGGUUACUAAGGAGAUGGAGAACGAGCACUGCACUGCGCUGGACGAAGCGGCCAAGUGUGAGGCCGCACUAUCAGCGCUGAAGAGAGACCACUCCCAGCUGUUGGACAAGUAUAACCACAUUGUAUACAGACACAGGAACCUGCAGGAAGAGUUUCACGCGGCAGCCCAGGAGAAACGCAGUUUGGAGGACAGGUGCGCUCAGCUCACAAAAGAGUGGGCAACAGCCAGACGAGAUCUCGCAGUCUUCGAGGAGCAGCAGGGCGCAGUGGGACAAAAGACCAUUAUGGAACUGCAAGAGCUGUGGCAAGCAAAUCAGCAGUUGCAAGAGCGCUUUCGCCUGCUCAAGGACAAGCACCUCAAGGCUGAAGAAGGGUUGGUACAGGCGCCAAACCAAAAAGUGGAGGCCUCGAUGGAACAUGUCACCGAGGGCACUGGGGGUACAGCGAGAACUUUGGAGGCACCAGCAAGCCGAGUCGAGAUAGAGGAACUCUCCCGGCGGUACGAGUCCCUUUUGAAACAGUCUCGCGCCGAGGAGAACAAGUGGAACUAG